CGAAUAUUGAAUCUUGAAAUAAUGUUGGCGACAUAAUUCACACUGGCUCAGAUCGUUAUGGAUAAACCUCCUCCUCCUUACUCUCCUCCAACUGCGCCUUAUCCAACUCAGGAUCCAUGUCCUUAUCCCUUGUACCCACAAAUUAACCAACCAACCAGUAAUGUAUUUAUGGGAUCUGGCUACCAACCUGCACCACCAGCCACAGUGAUUGUUCAUCAACCGACGGUGACCACAACUGCAUACCACCGAUAUCCUGUUGGUAUUACCUGUCCCUUUUGCCAUAACUCUGGUAUUACAAGGGUUAGGUUAGAAUCCGGGUGCUUGCCGUGGUUGUUAUGUGGAAUCCUCUGCUUCUUCGGGUUUUUCUUUGGUUGCUGCUUGAUUCCAUUCUGUCUGGAUUCCACAAAAAGUGCUCGACAUUUUUGUCCAUCAUGUAAUCGUCAAGUUGGAUAUUACAGCCCCUUGUGAAUUUCUGUUUUCAAACCCUUUUCCCACUGUUUUUUUUUAAAUAUCUUAAAAUUGUUUGUUAAAAUGUGAAAAGAUUCUUGACAAUCAUUUUUUAAGGUCACUACUACCAUUGUUGUUGCUUUUGUUAAUCUACUGACCUAUCCAACAAUCAGUUAUUUUGUUAAAUUUAAAGUGAAACACGAUUUAAAGAUUUUUUAUUUGCUUGAUAUUUACAAUUCAUCCUACACAUAGGAAUAAAACAAGAUAAUUUUAAAAACAGCAAAUUGGCUUGUAUUAUCAUUAUGGAUAGAUUCGUAUAAACUGUCUGAUUCAUACUUAUUAUUUCGAAAUUUUCAAUAUUCUGCUUCUGCUU